UUUUUUUUUGUUAUUAUUCUUAUUAUUUUUUUCAACAAAAACUUAUAUUAAUAAAAUCAUUCUAUUUCAACAAUGAAUGAUAAAACCGAAGCAGACAAUUUUUCCUUAUCUAAUAAGGAAGACUUUAUGCAUGAUCAGUCAACUAUUGAUGUAGAGAAUCAUUACGCUAAAGAUACAGAAGAAUUACAUGCACCUCCUAAUGGUGGUUUAACUGCUUGGCUUGUUGUUUUUGGUGGUUUUUGUGGCAUGGUAGCAGAAUUUGGAGUCAAUUAUUCUUGGGGUGUUUUUCUUAAUUAUUAUAAUGAAGUCGUUUUUCCUGGACAAAUGAAUCAACUUUCUUGGAUUGGCUCUAUUUGUGUAGCUUUAUUUUUUAUUCUUGGACCUGUUAAUGAAUGGGUUAUUUGUAAACUUGGCUAUACUAAAAUGCUUAUUAUUGGUACGAUUAUGUGUCCUCUUGCUCUUAUGUUGGCUAGUAUUAGUAGUCAAAUUUGGCAUUUAUACUUGACACAAGGUGUUAUGUUUGGUAUUGGUGCAUCAUUCAUCUUUUUCCCUUGUAUGGCUGGUCCUCAACAAUGGUUUACAACUCGAAGAGGUUUAGCCGUUGGUUACUGUAUGUGCGGUUCUGGUGUAGGAGGUUUGAUUUUCUCUAAUAUUGCUCAAGCCGCUAUGGAACAUUUAGAUUAUCGUUGGGCUCUUCGUAUUAAUGGCUUUGUCUGUUUUGCUUUCAUGAUAGUUGCUGUUGCCUUAGUGAAACCUCCCAAGAAUGCUUCAAAUAAUCAACAGGAUACCUUUUUCGAAUUGUUUGAAAAACAAAAGGCAUUACUUAAGAAUAGACAAUUUCAAAUUAUGCUUGCUAUUGGUACUGUUGCUCCUUUUGGUUACCUUACGCCUUCCUUCUAUUUAGCUUCUUUUGCUAAUUAUAUUGGUCUAAACCCUUGGAUUGGUACCAAUUUGGGUGCUAUCAUGUCUGCAGUAAAUGCUGUUUCUAUGCUUGGCAUUGGUUGGAUUGGUGAUUAUAUCGGUUGUCUCAACGGGUUCUUUAUCUGUACACUUUUAUCUGGUGUUUUUACAUUGGCUAUUUGGACAACAGCUAAAUCAUCAGCUGCUAUUUGGGUUUAUGCUGUUCUUUAUGGUUGGUUUGGAGGUGGGUAUCUUACCAUGAACGGAUCAUCCAUUCCUGUUGUAGCUGGCUAUGAGUAUAUUAAUGCCGCAAAUGGUCUUUUAUAUUUUGCAAAUGUCUUUGGUUAUAUCUUUGGUACACCUAUCACUUCUACUAUCAUCAAUAGUUCUGGUUCUUCAGGUUAUAAGUAUGCUGCUGUUUGGUGUGGUGUUCUGAUGACUGUUGCUGGUUUAAUGUGCUGGGCACUUCGUGUUGCUAGGUCUGGUUGGAGACUAUUUAUCAAGACUUAGUUUUGUACAUAAUUAUUUUAUUUAUUAAUCAUAUACAUAUACACAUAUAUAAAUGUAUAGUAUAUACAUAAAAAAAAACAAAAAACAAAAAACAAAAAACAAAAAACA